UCCAUCAGUAUCCCUCCAUCCUGAACUGGAAAGACUGUCUGUAGGGAUUAAAAGCUGCCAUCAAGGGCACUACAUUGUGCCAAUUAUAUAAUGGCCUCUCUUUUUAUGAUGUGGGCAGCAGUCACUCUGAACUGAACUGAGAUUGACUCCUAUCUCAUAGGUGACCAAAAAAUCAUCAGAUAGAAAAAAGAAUUGGUUGCAAACAGGUGACCUACAGACUAAUGCAGCUACCACUCUGAAACCUGACACAGAGCCUUCUUUUCUCAGCCCUGAAGAAGGGCUCCGUGGUGCUUGAAAGCUUGUCUAACCUACAGAGUUUGGGCCAAUGAAAGCUAUUACCUCACCCACCUUGUCUCCCUGAAUCUCAUAGUGGUCCACCCAGUAGGCGUCAGAGAGAGAACCAAGGGUAUUUACAACACAUGAUGUUGGAAGAGUUCUUUUAAUGUCAAACAUAAGAGUUAUGGCAGCACAUUGGAAGAAAACGUUGGUGAUCCUUCUAGCAGCUCAAGCAUUACUUAUGGGUGAUAGCUUUGAGGAAGAGGAUGUGCCUGAUGAAUGGAUUCUUCUUCAUGUAGUCCAAGGUCAGAUUGGAGCUGGAAACUAUAGCUACUUGAGACUAAAUCAUGAUGGGAAGAUAGUACUUCAGAUGCAGAGUUUAAAAGGCGAUGCAGAUUUGUAUGUAUCUGAUACGACCCUUCACCCCAGUUUUGAUGAAUAUGAGUUACAGUCUGUAACAUGUGGCCAAGAUGUUGUUUAUGUACCAGCCCACUUCCGCCGCCCAGUGGGAAUAGGAAUCUAUGGUCAUCCCUCUCACUCGGAGAGUGAGUUUGAAAUGAAAGUAUAUUAUGAUAGAACAAUUGUAGAUUAUCCCUUUGGUGAGGCUUCCUACAACCCAGAAGAGAUGGAGGCAAGCCAGAAGCGUACUCAUUCACCAGAAGAUCAAUCUCAGGAUGAGGAAUCUGUUUUUUGGACUAUACUCAUUGGAAUUUUGAAACUAAUACUUGAAAUUCUUUUUUAAAAUAAUCAACUGGACAUACACUGGACUAGAGUGCACUUAUAGCCUAUGACAUUGAACAUGAAUGGCUUGCUGUGAGCAUUGGUACUCUUUUUUUGUAAAGUUACCUGAAGGUUACUUUUUCUAUGCUGAAGAGGGGAAAAGCAAAGCCAUAUUUAAUUUUGUAUUGAAGCCCCCUUUCUACCUUCCAGAAGUAAAAUGAGCAGAAAGCACAGUAUUUGCAUAGUUUUCUUUAUAAAUCAGGGUUAAAGUGAAUGUACAAUAAAGGGAAUCUUAUUAAAAUGUAUCACUUUGAACAGGUGCAUAAGAAAAUGGACCUUGAUAAUUCACUGUAUUUUCUAUUAAAGUGACACUUAAUUUUAUACAAAGAAAAAGUUGUAAAAUCUGAAAGGUGGUUUUAACAACCUCAUCCAAUUUAAAAUAAAGAACUAAUUUUCUAA